AUGAAUCGAUCUCUCCUGCGCGCAACAGCGCGCUCAAUCCAGGCUGGCCCUACCGCUGUUGCAGGCCGCCGAUACGCCUCGUCCGCCGUCUUCAACUGGGAAGAUCCCUUGGCGGCAGCGGAGCUGUUCACAGAAGAAGAACUGGCCGUUCAAGACACAGCACGCCAGUACUGCCAAGAUAAGCUCAUGCCACGAGUUUUGGAGGCCUACCGCAACGAGGACUAUGACCGGCGCAUUUUGGAAGAGAUGGGCGACUUAGGUCUUCUUGGCGCUUCAAUUGAAGGAUACGGCUGCGCCGGCGUCAGCACCGUGGCAUCCGGCCUGAUCACCAAGGAAGUGGAGCGUGUGGACUCAGGAUACCGGUCAGGCAUGUCCGUGCAGAGCUCGCUCGCCAUGACGGGUAUUUACGAGUUCGGCACAGAAGAGCAAAAGGAACGCUUCCUCCCUGGCUUGGCCAAGGGCCAGCUGGCUGGGUGCUUCGGCCUGACAGAGCCCAAUCACGGCUCCGACCCUGGAUCUAUGGAGACCGUGGCUCGCGAACAUCCCACACAAAAGGGCAUGUACUUGCUAUCCGGUAGCAAGACGUGGAUCACCAACUCGCCCAUCUGUGACCUUGCCCUUGUGUGGGCUAAGCUCGAGUCGACGGGUAAGAUCCGUGGAUUUGUUGUUGAGCGCUCGCGAUGCCCACCGGGUACGUUCGAGACUCCUGCUAUCAAGAAUAAGACUGCCCUGCGGGCUUCUAUCACCGGUAUGAUCCAGAUGGAUGACUGCCCCGUGCCGGUGGAGAAUAUGUUCCCCGAGGUUGAGGGCCUAAAGGGACCGUUUACGUGUUUGAACAGUGCCCGGUUGGGCAUUGCCUUUGGCGCCAUGGGCGCCUUGGAGGAUUGUCUUGCCCGUGCGCGCGAAUACAGUCUGGAGCGCAAGCAGUUCAAGGGCAACCCGCUGGCCAAGUAUCAGCUUGUUCAGAAGAAGCUGACUGAUGCUGCUACGGACGCUGCCUAUGGUACCCUGGCUGCUGUGCAGGUGGCUCGUCUUAAGGAUGCUGGCAAGGCUACACCUGAGAUGAUCUCCAUGGUAAAGCGUCAGAACUGUGACCGGGCCUUGGCCAACUCGAGAAUUCUACAAGAGGUCUUUGGUGGCAAUGCUGCUAGCGAUGAAUACCAUAUUGCCCGCCAUGUGGCUAACCUAUUUGUGGUGCAGACAUACGAGGGCCAGAGCGAUAUCCACGCAUUGAUUCUAGGCCGUGCCAUCACCGGCGUACAGGCCUUUGUCUAG